ACAUUUUGACAUCAACUGAAAAUUAUUCUCUCAAAAAAUGUAACUUUCUCUGCUCUGUUUCAUGCAGAAGCGUCGUCAAAUUGUAUUCGGGAAGGUUGAGAUUUACCGAGUAAAAGUGUGAUCUUGCAAAAUUCGAAGUGCUUCGCAAUGCUGUUGCUAAUUAUUACCGUCAGCUCGUUUUUAAAUUUCUUGAUGUACUAUACGUUCACAAGAUACCUGUAACACUUGUUCUCCAUUCAAAUUCAAAUUGCAGAAUAAGCAGUACUCUGCAUUUAAAUUCCAAUCGACAACUGUUUUCCAAACUAAUUCCAAAUUAAUUCCAAACGACACUGUGAUGCUAUUCUCGAAUGGGAAAUCGACUACGUCACAAUUAUGAUAGCAUCACAGUGUCGUGUAGCCAUCUUCUUGACCUCUUUAGUUAUUUCCCUGUUUCAUUCCGAAAAUAUAAUUCAAGAUAAUGAUCGCAAAAGCGACUUAAAUAUUCAUAAUAAUUGUCCACAUCAUUAUGAUGCUCGUGCAAGGUGUCCGCCUCCGUAUCGAGACGCAACGAAGCAAAACGGAUGCGGGAUGGCGGUGGGUCGCCCACUCGCCGUCGGCCGUCUGGAAGAAGAUGUGCGCUCGCCGUUCUUCCUGAUCGGCAAGAGGGAGUGAAUUAUCGAAUCAAGAUGUACGUGUGGAGAGAGGGAGAGAAGGUUCAAAACACACACCGGUAAAGGUGUUCGUCCGAUACGAGCCAGGUGGGGAUGAAGGCCGCUGGCUUCGCUCGUGCAAACACCUCGACGGCGCAUACCUAGACCCACAUAACGAGAUACAGCACGCCACAACGCGGUAACAACGACUUCACUGCCGGGAAAUGCACGUGCGGUCGUAAACCGGUAGUCGCGAUGACGACGUCGUAGCUUCCUCGCGCGAAUCGAGACAGGCUUCUCGGUAGAGAAGCAAAAUGCAAACGUUGCUUCCUGAUGCGAACUUGAAUGAGAUAAAAAAAGUAUCUUUCUGACACCCACGAUAUAGUGUUUUAAAAACGUUGUAAAAAAAGUGUUUAGGGAAAUAUAUUUUAGAGAAAUAUAUUUGAAUAGGUACCAUCUAGACCCAGGUAGCCGCUCAGAGAUGUGGUCACGCACGCGGCUCUUUCUCCUGGCGUUGAUACUCGCGUUGCUGAUCGGCGCUCGCGUUACCAGAUCACAACGUCCACAACUCGGUGGCGCCGUGAACGUUUUUAGUCGUUACGGAUACUUGAGCAUCAGUAUGAGAGUGGUACCGCGCAAUGAUUCAGAGACCUGGAUAUUCCGCGAGCCGAUUCUCGACAUCUUCAAGAAUCCCGCACCAUUGCCGCCCAAACUACGCCAAACAGGCAAAGGUGGCACCGCCGUCUUCGACGGCGAUUUUCACAUGGAGUUUUGCGACAAUAUCAGACAACUCCUGCAGGCCUAUUUCCGUGACUUCACUUUCGAGAGGCUGGAGAGGCCAUGGCGUGCCUUUACUGGAAGUUGGUCAAAAACAGCCAUAGCCAGGCACCUCGGCAUAAAUUCGUCCUUCAUCACGGGCGACCACUGUUACGUCCUCGUACGUGUCGCUAGAUUCCGCGAUACUCAACGACUCGCCGGCACCGCCGAGACUCUCGCUCUCAACGAUUCCGUGUUGCAGCAGACCGAAAACGUCACGGUCGGCGAUACCGCGAGCGUGGUGCGAUUCAUUCGGAACUACGGUUCGCACUAUAUUGCUUCCUACAUCACUGGGAAUUCGCUCUAUCAAGUGUUCGUGUACACUCCUCAGGUGUAUUCGCGAAUAAAGGAACGGCUGAAAACACGGGGAGUCGGGGAGCUGUCGGCCGUCGAGUUGAGUAAUUAUUUUUCGCCGUGGUACGCGGAGCAUAUAGGCUCCAUACAAUCAGCCAGCGGUAAUCGUAGCGUGGAGGCGUGGGCCGUGCAACGUCUUCGGGUGCAAUAUUAUGUCUUCACUUACGCCAGUUUAUUGAAGUUGCACGGCGACACGGCGUUGCUCAAGCAAUUGGACGGACUGUUGAGCGACGAAGCGUUACUGCAAUUACAAUUGCGGACAUUAGCGCCCGCUUUCAAGGAUCCAAAAAGACGUCAGUGGUUUCUAGAAGUGAUUGACAACUACUUCAAGCUCUGGGAAGUGAAUAUGUGAUGACGUAAUACGUGUUGAUUGUGGACGAACUGGAAGCAUUUGGGAUACCGUCGCUUGCGUUUGACGUCGUCGAAUAAUAAAUAAAUAUAUCGGUGUGAAAAUAUAAAUGACACUGAUAAUUUUUACGUGGUGUGGAUCCAUGGUGUCCUUGGGAAUAACGAUCCAGCACCCGUCGCAACGACGUUCGUCAAUGCUAAAGGUUCCUCGGACGGAUAUAUCCUUCUGCCACAUAUACAAUAAUCCAUAAAUACUGUUAUUGUUAUAAAUAAGUAUUUAUUAUUGUAAUCAUUAGUAGAAAACAUCUUUAUACAAAAUAUUUUUAAUAUAUCACAAGCAUUAUUCAUACAAUCUGACUGAAGAACAUGGUGUUGCAAUGUACCAUAAGUUCUUUACUUCGAUCUAUUGUCGUACAAAAGAGAUAGCAUAUUUUAGAUAGACAUGAAAAAGAUGUGUGCAUUUGUUUGUUCAACUCGAUAUGCAGUUUUAUACAUGCAGAUUGGGUUAAUGGAUUAUUACUUUGCUGCUUUAAAUGCAAAAGUUACAUGUAGGUAAUGUAUUUUAUAAGUUCUGUUGUUUUUUGUAACUAGAGAAUUAUUUUCUCUAAUACAUUUCUUCAUAUAAGUUGUUAAAGACUAUGUAUUCGCAGAUGAUUGAUACUGUGGACCAAUAUUGUAUGAAAUUUUAUAUUACACAACGAAUUGAUUUAUUGGCAUUGCAAAACAGACGAUUGGAUACAUACAUCUUUCUUUCUCGU